GCCUGGACUCCAGCUGAGCGUGUCUACUAGGCUUGGAGAGACGAGCAAGGAUUUGGUGGAGCUGUGCUGGGGGGCUGCCGGCAGCUGCUCUCGGUGCCCGUCCCCGUAGCCAGUGCCCGUGUUUCCCCGGCCCUGCCUGGCUCAGGCAGCCGGGGCCCUGUGAGGCGCAUUCGCAGCAGUGCAGCGCGCAGCACCUGUCACAGUGGCACCAGCGAGGGGAAGCAGCUCCCCAUCCACAGCUCUCCCCAGCCCGCCGCAGCAAGACAGCACCGUGGCCACAGAGUCUGACGUCACCUUCCCUGUGUGCCAGGGGACCCUAAAGGAGCCCAGCAUCGUCAGCCCCUGUCAGCACCAGUUCUGCUUGGGCUGCAUCAUGCGCUGGGCCAAGAGAAGCGCCAACUGCCCCCUCUGCAGGCAGGACAUCACCUCCAUACGCUACUCCAUCUGGUCCGAAGACGACUUUCUGGAGGUCCAAGUUGUCCACCAUGCAGAGAACCAAGAGGACAGCCACCAGGACGAGCAGUGGGCUGCAGUGCCGGUGCCCCAGACUGCCGUGAGCGGCCUCCUGCCUGAGGAAUGGGCGGCCCUUUUCAGGGAACACCCCGAUAUCCUCGGUCCUCUGAGGCCCUGGGUACGCCAGCAAGCCAGGGAGUUGUUCAGGGCUGCCUGGUGGGACCAGGAUGUGCUAGAGGCCAAUGUCAUCACUUGGCUGUGCCGCUGCAGGCUGGAGGAGGUGGUCUUGGUUCAGGAGCUGCAGCCAUUCCUGCAGGGCCAUACAGAGAGCUUUGUGAACCAGCUCAUUGAUAGAACCGUAGAGAUGGGCAGCGAUGAGUUCCUCGAGGAGCUGGGGCUCCUGGAACCCCCUCCUGCAAGCCAGCACCAGAAUGGCCCUGAGGUGGACCUCGGGGGCUCCCAAGAAGCCUGGGAGCCAGAAGACAGCGCUGAAGCCACCCCCGGCCAUGCUGCCUCCUCCCGGGACACUCCUCUCACCAUCGUGUUCUCCUCCAGCAGCUCAGAGGGUUCUGAUAUUGAGGAGCUCCCCAGCACCUCCAGUGCCACCCUACAUGGGGGUCCUGGCCACCCACCCCACUGCACCCAUCCCCACAGAGCAGGAGGAGCCCUUCAGAGAGCCGGGACAGGCAGCAGCAGAAGGUGUUGCGAUGCAGGGCUGCAGCCAUGGGCCCUCUCCUCCUGGCCAGGGCAGGGACAGUUCGCGUGGGGGGCCCCGGCGCCCCCCAAAGAGGAGGUCCAACAGCAGCCCCGACUCUCCCCACCCCUGCAAGAGGCCACCCCCCCGGCACCUUUAGCAGGGCACAUUUAGUUUUCAUUAAAAA